AGCACAUUAAAAGUAAAAAAAAGUAAAAGUAGCAUCUGAAAGUUUCUGUUCUCUUGGCUACCAGUUUUUGGCAAUUUAUUAAAUUAUUUAUAGGUAUAACUUUAAUUUUACACAAUGUCUCAGCAUUCAGAAAAAGAGUGUAUUGACGCUAGCACAACAAAUAUUAGUCUUUGCACAUCUCCUUUAAAUAAAUUUGUAUGGAAUAUGGCUAACACAAGAGUAUUAUUAGAUUUAUGGAAAGAUAAUUACAAUGCAUUAACAUCUGCAAGAAGAAACACAAAUAUUUACAAACAAAUGGCAGCUAAAUUUUCAAACACAUUUAAUAUCGUAUCUCCGUUAACUGGAUAUCAAAUUCAAUCUAAAAUUAGUAAUUUGAGGAAACAAUUUAGACGAGAAAAACUUCAAGUUGGUUCAUCGGGAGGAGCUCCUAGUAAAUGGUGGCCUUACAAUAUUGUUGCCAAAAUAAUAGGUGGUGAAGCUUCCCUUGACAAUGACCUUUUAUCUCAAAGUCAAAACUUUUCUACUCAAGAUUUUCAAGAUGGUCAGGGAAGGAAGGGAGUAAAAUGACUUCAAGUCAAGUCUUUCAAAGUCAAGAGAUAAAUUUUGAUUGAAACAUGAUUUAUAAUCAUUUCUCAAAUGUGUAAUUUUUUUAAUGUGUAUAUUUUAUUUACAGAUUGCCACAAUGGAAGAUGGCAAGGAGACUGUCAGUAUUUUAAAUACUGAAGCUUUGGAUGAUACAAGCGAUGUGCAAUCAAUUGUCACUAUUCCUGAUGAGUAACCAACUCAAUCUACAUCCGGCUGCAAUAAACGGAGGAGCUCUGAUGAUGAAAAAACUUUGAAUAAAAUAGCAAAAACUGAACCGGGAGACAUCGGUAAAGGAAAAAGCUAUUGGAAAAACAUGGAAAGCGUUUUGGCCGUACUUCGAUUAAGAAGAAGAACAAUGAUGAAUCAAUCACCCACCCAUUUUCAUAUUUAGAUUUAGCUUCCUUUAAGUUAAAUCAACAAGGGUAUCUGAUUGAAAGAAAAGUUUGGGUUAGGCCAAAAAGUUCUCAAUGGUUUAAUGAGAUUUUUACUCAAAUGGAGGAAUGUGAAUUUAAAGAGCAUUUUCGAGUAAAUCGUAACACAUUUAAUUUCCUAGUUAAUGAAUUGCAUCCACAUUUAGGCAAAACUACCACAACUAUGCGAGAACCUAUUUCAGUAGUAAAACGUGUUGCAGUUGCAUUACAUUAUCUAGCUUCAUGUGAAGAGUAUCGUGUUGUGUCUAGCCUUUUUGGCAUAGGAAAGUCAACAGCAAAUUUAAUUGUUCAUGAAUUUAUUAAUGCUGUUAAUGACAUUUUGCUCCCUAAAUAUGUUAAAUUUCGAUUGUCAGUGGAAAAUUUAAAUAAACAUAGUAGAGAUUUCGAAGCUAUUCUUGGUUUUCAACAAUGCGUUGGAGCUGUUGAUGGAUGCCACAUCCCUAUUUCAGCCCCUAAAGAUUAAGCAACUUCUUAUUAUAAUUAUAAAGGGUGGUAUUCCAUUGUACUUUUUGCCGUUGUAGACAGUCGAUACCGUUUCAUUUAUACAAGUGUUGGAUCGCCUGGUAGAAAUAAUGACAGCUAUAUUUUGCAGAAUUCUUCUUUGAAAGAAAUUUUAGAAUCAAAUCUAUUUGAUAAAUGUUGUAAAGAGCUGGGCGAUUCUCUUGUUCCACUAUGUUUGAUAGGUGAUUCAGCAUUUCCUUUAACGCGUUAUUUCUUAAAACCUUAUCCUGAAAAUUUGGAGCAUAGUGAAAUUCAAAAAAAUUUCAACAAAAUACUUUGCGGAGCUAGAAGAGUAGUUGAGAAUGCCUUUGGGCGCGUUAAAGCUCGAUUCCGUGUAAUUUGCAAACGUAUGGAAUGCGAUAUUAACUUUGCUACAAGAAUUGUUAAUGCUUGCGUCACUCUUCACAACAUUUGUGAAUAUUAUGACGAUAUUAUUAUAAUAGAAUGGCUUCUGCAUCAUCAUGAUGACAGUCUAGCUCAACCCAAUACAGUUUCUACAACUGGGAAUAAUGGACCAGGAAAAAAUGUUCGUGACUCAAUUGCUAAAUACCUUUAUGAAAGGGACAAGUAAAGUAGUAAUAAUAUCAUUUUAUUUAUAAAGUAGUAAUAAUAUCAUUUAUUAUUUAAAGUUUUAGCUGUAAUAUGGUUAUGUAUUUAGUAGUUUUGAACUAAACUUACUUUCCUUGAGGUUAUCAAAUGUGUCUAAAUAAAUAAAUAUUAAAUAUGUAUGAACACAAAA